ACUGUGUCUAUAAAUCAUUCUAGAUGUCAACCAAGAACAAUGUUAAAGUGGUGGUCAGGGUACGUCCAAAGUUGAGUGAGGACAAACUGUGGGUAGACGUUGUCGAUGACACUACUUUACAGACUGUCAACCCCAGAGAUACCACCAAGACUGACCAGUAUGAGUUUGCACGGGUGUUCAACAGUGACUGUAGCCAAGUGGAUGUGUACAACAAUUGUGCCAUUGACAGUCUGAAGCACCUCAUGCAAGGUUUGAACGUAUCAAUAUUUGCAUAUGGCCCCACUGGUGCAGGCAAAACCCACACCAUGCUAGGCACACCUACUGCCCCUGGAAUCAUUCCUAGGUCAGUAAAUGGACUCUUCCAACUGAUUGAAGAGUCCAAAGAAGAGGGGUGGAAGACUGAGGUCUCAUAUUCAUAUCUUGAAAUUUAUAAUGAAAAGGUGCACGAUCUACUUGUACCUAAGGAACAAGAUCUAGCAAUAAGAUGUGACCUUAGGGGAAAGAUCUUUGUCACUGAUCUGGCAAAAGAAAUUAUCACAAACAAAGAGGAGUUCAAUAAGAGUUUUGGUUUAGCAGCAAAUAAUAGGACCACUGCAUCUACCCUCCUCAAUGAGCACAGCUCUAGGAGUCACAGUAUACUCAUCCUUAAUGUAACUCGCACCCAGGCAGUUGAACCAUUUGCUAGACGUCAUGGAAAAAUGUACCUCACUGACUUAGCUGGCUCUGAAAACAACAGAAUGACAGGGAAUGAAGGACAGAGGAUGCGUGAAAGUGGUGCUAUUCACUUUUCUCUGCUAGCCUUGAGUAAUGUGGUUGAAGCACUGAACAAAGGCCAAGCUAGGAUUCCAUACAGAGACUCUAAGCUAACUCGCCUUCUUCAGGACGCCCUUGGAGGUAAUUCUCACAGCUGUCUCAUUAUCAACGUUGCACCCGAAGAGAGCCAUCUAUAUGAGACGCAGCAAACUUUGCUGUUUGCGCGCAAGAGUAAACGCAUCAUAAAUACAGUGCAAAAGAAUGAGACAUUUGUGACCCCAAAGAUGUCAGCCAAAAAGAGAAGAUCUGAGGGUGGAAAUAAUGAAGCUCCGAUUCCCAAGAUGCCCUCCUUAACACCAUAUAUGGGCAGACAAAAAUCCAGUGGGUUCAAGACUCCAUUUACACCACGACAGGUUCAAGCCAUCAAGGAACCUGUACCAUUCUUAAGCCCAUUGUUGAGGAUGUCAAACAAACAGAAUGUGAUGGAGGAGUCUGUCUCUGGUAUGAAUGAACGGCUGCUCAAUCUAGAGUCCACCUUAAUGGCACAGAUGAGAGAGAUGAACGAGACCUUACAAACAUCACAUAUGAAUGCGUCACACAUGAAUGCGUCACACAUGAAUGCAACAUGUGCCCAUGAGAUGAGCACUAUGGGAAGUUCAGUUGCUGAUGAUGCCCUGAAGGAGAUAAACAACAAACUACAAGAGCUCAAAGAGCAACAGCAAAAGAUGCAACAACAACAACAAGAAAGGGCACCCAGUAAGGGGGUGCCAUCAGGGCUUGCUGACGUCACAAACAGUCCUCUGUUCUGUAAUAACCUCCCACCAAAGAUCAAACGUCGUGGAUUUAAGUCCAGUGCUGCACCACGUAAUGACGAUGAUUUCCUCAACACUCCUACAAAGGCCCUCAGGUCAUCAGUGAUAAACCCAGAGGCACAGAAAAGGCACAAUGAUGACGUUCUGAAAUUGCUCAACACUGGCUCUAUAAAGGAGCUACAAGUGCUACAGAAAGUUGGCCAGAAACGUGCAGAGUUAAUCAAGAACUGGCGACAGCUGCAUGGUGACUUCACUAAAGUCGAAGAUCUCACAAAAGUACCUGGUCUAAAUAAGAGAUACGUUGAGGGAUUUUUACUAUGCAAUCUUGUUGUUAAAGUCACAUAAUCAUUUGUUUUAGUUGAGUUUUAGUAUCUCAUUUUAGUUUAGUUUAUUCAUACAUUGUAUAUCAGUUUUUAUGCUAAUUCUACAUAGAGCGUUUGUAGGAUGUUUUUUAAGAGAAACAAUGGACAUAUCAUAUAUUGUUACACUAUAUAUCAUAAAUAUUUCAUACUUUGGUGUCUGUAUGACUUCAUGAUGUUUCAGACAAGAAUCUGAAGAGCUUUUGUUUGGAUAUGAAGACAUUUUAGCUCAUAUGCAGAUCCAGGAUUUUGUGCUAGAGGGGGUGGUAAUAUAUCCCAAAAAUGUGCAACAUAUGCUAUGGGUGUGCACCCAUAAUUUUUGAAAAUACAGCGUAAUUUAUGGCAACCUGAGCAUUCUCCCACAGUUAAAAUAUGAAUGACGCCAUGAAGAAAGGAUUCUAGAUGAAUUUUCUGGGAAAUUCUAACACUAUCACAGGUAUUUUGUUGGAUUUUUGGGGAAAGAAAUUU